ACUUUCACUCAUGAUCUCAGUAUUUCAAAUCAGCCAUUUUCUUUCCAUUUGGACGAACAAUAAAAAAGUUACACUUCAUAUAUUGCUUGUUCGCGCCACUGCUCCGGUCUCGUUCCUCUUUAACGGGCUCCGGUGGCCCGACACUUUGAUCCAGCGCUCCCCGUUAACGUCGCGUCACUUCCUCGCUCCGCUGCCCAUCCCUUUGGAAAAAAAGAAAGAAAACUCACACCGACCAACGACGGCGAGGGAAAAAAAAGAGAGCGACAGGAGACGAGCGCCGGGGCCAAAGUGUCAGAAAGCCCGAUGAAAGAGUUGGACGGCGAGGAGCGAGCCGAGCGAAGAGCAGAAUAUCACCUUUAAGUCAUGCCGCUGCACAAAAGCACCCGGGCACCUCGCCUGGACCCCACCAUGAUCUCAGCCCCACUGGGAGACUUUCGCCACACCAUGCACAUUGGAAGAGGUGGCGACGCGUUCGGGGACACCUCCUUCCUGUCCACUCUGGGCCCGAGCUCCGCCAGCCCCGAGGCCGAGAGUCCGGCGACGAGCCCGACCACCGACCUCCAGGUGGCAGUGGACCACGGCGAGCUAUAUGCGGAUGGUCCAGGAAGCCCUCAGAGCAACGAGCUUCAGCACUCCGAGUCAGUGUCUUCAUUCGACCUGGACCUGGAUCUAGGCCCGUCCAUGCUGGGAGACGUGCUAGGGGUGAUGGACGGUCUGGGGUUGGACGGCGGCGAGGGGGGCGCGUUCAAUCCCAAAAGCGGCCCGUCCUCGGUGGAGGCGAACCAGGGAAAAGGGCGCGUGGAGAUGUGCUUGAACACGCAGAACGAGCUGAACGGGAGGAACUCGGCCGGGUUGGAUGGAGACCAGGUGGGAGACGGCAGGACACCCGAUGGGAAUGCGAUCAAGCAAAAGGGGCUGCGACCAAAAGUGCGAUUCAGUGACAAACGCGAGGAGAUAAUACGGCGAGCGUCCGAGGAGGAGGAGGGUCAGGGGGUCGACCUCCAGGACGAGGAUCAGUUGGCGUGCCGCAGCCCAACGAGGGGUGACAGCGUGGUGGUCGAAACUGAGCUCAACAAUCACAAAGUAGAUCUGCCUCCCAGUCCGGCGUCGUCGCACAGCUCAGAGUACGAAGGAGUCACCGCGCUGGACCGGAGGAGGGUCGACAGCUGCCACUCAGAGACUGAUUCAGAGGAGGAGGAGGAGGAGGAGGGGGAGGAGGGGGAGGAAGGACGGGGCUACACAUUUGAAGAUGAGUUUGAUGAUGAAAUCGGUCUAUAGGGGAUAGGUACGGUUUUGCCUUAAAAACAGAUGUUUUCCUGUCAACUAAAUCAAGUAGACUGUAUUUUCCUAAACUCGUGACUCACGUACCAUUUGAAUGCGAGGCGUCAGCGGAAUUCAACUGGAUUGUAAAAGAAGAAUUUAGUUUGACGAUGUUGCUCAACUGGAAAAAGCAUUUUAUGUUUUGUCUUUAAGUGUAACAGAUUUGCAUUAGACCGAAAGAUCAGGGCGUCAGUGAAAGGUUUGUAGCAAUUUCUUUUAAUUGACUCGGUUUCUUAGCAACAGACUAAAGUAAUAUUUUGUCUAUUUCUACCAUUUCUGCAGUCUGAAGUUCACACAUUGAACUUUAUGUCAUAGUGCCUUAAAGAGUGUGGUUUUCUUACACUAUUGUACCAUAUCUUAAUAGUUAUUUCUCAUACUGCAUGUUUUAUUACAACGGGUCUUCUCUUGUUUAAUGUAUUUAACAAACGUCACGGUUUCCAGGAACAUAAAUGAUUACUAUGAAUUUGUUGCAUUCCAAGUCAGAUGUUUGCAUGUUUCUGGUCCACAUCAGGUUUUCACCAUGUAGUUGUAACCAAAUCUUAUCUGUGGGGCUUGACUAAUACUACAACGCUAAGACGAUCAUGGGAUGCAAUUGUAAAUCGGGACCAGCAAUGUAUGUUCAUGUUGUUUGCUUUUAUAAUGCUUGUAAAGGUUUUAUUUCAGAAUGCUG